GUUCCGUAGAGGAAGCUCCCGGGCGCCAUUUUGGUACGGAGAGAAGUCGGAAGUCGGUGAGGUGGUGGAGCCGUGUCGGUGUGUGCUAAGCUUAAAGUGUUAAGAUCUUCAAGAAAUUAAAGGGGUGCAUUUUCAGUGUAAAUUCGAAAGGAUGGCAGUAGUAAUCCGCUUACAGGGGCUUCCUGGUACUGCUGGUUCAGUUGAUAUUCGGCAUUUCUUCAGUGGACUGAAUAUCCCUGAUGGAGGUGUGCACAUUAUCGGUGGUAAACUUGGUGAAGCCUUCAUUAUAUUUUCAACAGAUGAAGAUGCCAGACGUGCUAUGAGUCGAAAUGGUGGUGUUAUUAAGACUUCACACGUUCAGCUUUUUCUCAGCAGCAAGGCAGAAAUGCAACAUACUCUGGAAAUGAGUCGUAGAGGUAACAGAAAGCAUCCAGCGGUACCACCUGGUAAUAAUACAUUUGGUGCAAAGAAAGGGGUCAACCAAAAAAAGUUUGUCAAAGGCACCACUGAACCUGGUAUGGACAACGCUGGUACAAAACACAAUGUAGCAUAUGCAACAAAGUAUGACAGACGAGAAGCGAAAAAUCCCCAAGAUUUUGAUACUAUUUAUAUGUUUUUGUAUGGGCUUCCAUACAGUGCAGCAGAGGAAGAUAUCAGGAAGUUCUUUGCUGGCCUGGAUGUGGUCGAGGUCCUCUUCCAAUGCCGUAAAAAUGGGCUUAAAAGUGGAAAUGGUUAUGUGAGAUUUGGAAGUGUAAAGGAUACGAAUGCAGCCCUUUGUCGCGAUAAUGAGUAUAUUGGUGAAAGGUUUAUCUCUCUUAAGAAGGCAACUGAAGAGCAGUGGAUCACUGCUGGUGGGCGUGUAGGUGGACCACAUCCCAAACAUCCAGGUGGACCACAUCCCAAACAUCCAGGUGGACCACAUCCCAAACAUCCAGGUGGACCACAUCCCAAACAUCCAGGUGGACCACAUCCCAAACAACCCAGGAAACAAAGGACAAGGUCCAGAUCGCCACUAAAUCAGCAGCUUUACAUACACUUAAAGAAUUUAUCAUAUGAUGUGGAGAAGCAAAAUAUUAAGAAUUUUUUGGGUUUGUCUGACCUUCCUGAUUCACAAAUAAAGUUCUUGCUCGACAGGCGCCAGAACAGAACAAGAGAAGGCUUUCUUAUGGUAAGAAAUGAGCGGCAGUUUGAAAGGUGCCUAGCUUUGAACAAAAGCAAUUUUAAUGGUCGGCCAAUUAUUUUAAAUCCCAUUCCCCGAAAAGAAAUGUUGGAUUUGAUAGAGUCCUUUGAAGGUCAAUCUCCUCCAAAAGUGGAAAAUUUCACUGGCAAUUAUGCAAGUAGAGACCACCCUCCCGUUAAAAGAUGUGUAUACCUGAGGAAUUUUCCAUUCAAUGUAAGCAAAGUUGAAGUUCUGAGAUUCUUGACUGGAUUUCCUGUGCAUGAAGAAGAUGUUUACUUGCUUUUUGACAACAACGGAGUCGGGCUUGGAGAGGCAUUGGUGAGGUUUCCCACGGAGCAGCAAGCUUUUCUCGCUGAAAGUUUAAAUCGCCAACGAUUCUUGGAUACAGAAGUCCUCCUGAGACGUAUUUCUGAUGAACAGAUGAAAGAGUUUGGCGUUGUUGUUGAUAAACCACUGGAAAAUGUUUUGGCCAAUUCACCCCUGUACAGAGAUGAGUACAGUUUACGUGAUCCUAUUGAACGGCCUUAUGCCUUGCGUGAUGAUUUGGCUUAUGGCCAUGGAGAUUUUAGAGGUUCUCCAGAAAGAUUUCAAGGCUCUAACCCAUUGGAUUUUAUUGGUAAAGAUGAACUUGCUGGAAAAUUUGACAGAGGUGGCCAAGGGGACAUUGAUUACUAUCAAUCUUUACCAUUCAGUGGCCAAGGUUUGGAAGGCAGGCCAGCAGGUGCUAUUGUACGUAUGAAGAAUCUGCCAUACAAAGCCACUAGGGAAGAAAUUUUAGAUUUUUUCUAUGGUUAUAAUAUCACUCGUGAGUCAGUAAUAAUCAAAUAUAACAACGGUGGAAUGGCAACAGGACUUGCCACAGCCUACUUUGACAACUACGAUGAGGCCAUGGCUGCUGUUAACGAACUUAAUGAGAGGCCCAUUGGAACACGUAAAAUCGGCUUAUCUUUGUCAUAUGCUUGAUGGGAAGCUAAAGAAAUGAUUUGAAUAUUUCAGUAAUCCACUGUACUAUUCUUCAAUGAGACUUGGGAAUUUUUUUUACAGAUGGAUGUUUUUUGUUUUUUCCCCCCCUUAAUUGACUAUCAGAGCAUUCCAUAUUCUUAUAAGCUGUAAAUAUAGUGACCAUGAUUGGUUGUAUACCCAUUUUUGAUUAAAGCGUUCUAUGUGUCCAUA